GUACAUUGCCACUUGCACCACAAUAGUCCUUAUAAGAGCGACUCCUAAGGAACAUGUCGCAUCGCCAUUAGAAGCAACACAAUACACUUGCGCGAAACAAUGGCAAGCGCCUUGCCAAGGGCUACUCGCUGCAUGCCGCAGCUUGCUGUGUUAUCGCAGCCAGCUUACAGCGGUCCGGUGCUGCUCGUGAUGCCGCCGCGCCGACGAGUCGCAUCCUCAUCCAUCUUGGCCUCCACUUCCACCACCUCCACUUCCACAUCCGUCCCAGCACAGCCCCUAAAGCGCUCGAAGACCACCAACGGCACCCCAGUGGCAGCGACAGGCGUCUGGGGCGAGCAAGAGUUUGGGGCCCUGCAGCACCGCGCCGCCACCCGCCUGCAUCGCUUCUACGUGCCCCACCCGCUGGGACCCGCGCCCCCGCCUCCCACCCUCCAAACCCUCCUCUCCCCCCCGCCUCCGGUACCCCUCCCUGCCCCUGCUCCCACCACCACCUCCUCCUCCCCCGUCCCCACAACCUCCGCCCCCGCCACGGUGGUGCUGGAAGGCGAGGAGGCGCGCCACGCCGCCCGAGCGCUGCGGCUGGCUGCAGGGGACAGGCUGGAGCUGUGUGACGGGCGGGGCAACCUGGUGGAGGGAACUGUGACGGGGACGGACAAGCAGCGAGUGUGGGUGAGCCCCGACGGCCCGGUGGUCCACACGCCCUGGCGCGGCCCCCGCUGGGUGCUGGCGGUGGCGUGCACCACCCUCAAGGGCGGGCGGGCGGAGUGGCUGGUGGAGAAGGCGGCGGAGCUGGGGGCGGCGGCGCUGCUGCCGCUGGUCACAGAGAGGUCGCAGAUUCCUCGCCUUUGACAGGCUGGCGGCAAGAUGAAAUUCAAGACCCGUGGGUCAGUCUCCUCCCACUCGCAUGAUGCCUCCCACGACGGCGGCGAGGCGGACGGCGACUACGCGCCGGGUCGGCUGGAGCGAGUCGCCAUCGCCGCCACCAAGCAGAGCCUGAGACCGCACGCGCUGCACCUGCUGCCGCCCGCCCCGCUGCGGGAGGUGCUGCCGCUGGUGCGCGGCGCGGCGGCAGGGGCGGCAGGGGAGGGCGCGGUGGGCGAUACGGGACUAGGCAGUGGCAGUGGCAGCAGGAGUGGAAGCGGGGGUUUUAGCUUGGUGGCUGUCGCGGGCGCUCCCCCGCUGGCAGCUGUGCUUAGGGAGCUAAGCGGAGGUGCGUCCUCCAGGGCGGGUGCGGAGGUGGCGGCAAACGAGCAGGCCGACUACACCCCCCCGCAGCACCCGUCAUAUCGCUCACCUGCACACCCACAACAACAACCUCCAGCCGCACCCACAACGGCUUCUCCUCACAGCCUAGCCCCGCAGUGCCUAGCCCCGCAGCCCCUUGAGCCGACAACAGCGUCCAUCCUAAGCCCUCAUCCGCCCCCUCAUCAGCCGUCAGAGCCCCUGCCUGCAGAGGCGCCUGCCGGGAGCGGUGUUGCUGUUGCUGUUGCGGGUGCGGGUGCGGGUUCCCCGCUGCGGCUGCUGCUGGUGGGCCCCGAGGGCGACUUCACUCCGGG